GUAUUUUUGUUGUUGUCCAGCUUCGAUAGCGAGCUUUUGCUGAUGAACUCCCUGAGACUGCCUAAGCGGCUGACGAUGCACGGCGAUGACGAGAAGGACCACAUGUUCUUGGUGAAAGGAGGGGAGGACCUCCGUGUGGACCAGCGCGUGGAGCAGCUGUUCGAGGUCAUGAACGCCGUCAUGGCCACGUCGGCUGGCUGCAGACGCGCCAGGCUCUCCAACACCACCUACAAGGUGGUCCCAGUGACGCCCGAGAUCGGACUGAUCGAGUGGGUCCAGAACACGAGGCCCCUCAAGUCGGUCAUAGAGCAGGGGCUCGGUACCAAGCUGGGGUCCCUCAGCGCUCUCGACACAUUUGGGAAGUUCCUGAAGGCAAAGCCGAAGCAAUUCCCGGCUCCGAAUUUCCACGAAAUGUUCAAGACGGAAGGGCGUCCCAAGGUCGAAGAAAUGUUCGCCACGUGCUGCGCGACGGUGCCGACUGACGCGCUGAGAAAACACCUUCUGGCGAUGGCUCCUUCCCCGGAGGCGUUCUUGACGUGCAGGGGAGGGUUUGCGAGGUCUCUGGCGACGCUGAAUGCCUGUUCGUACGUGCUGGGGAUAGGGGACCGCCACUUGGACAACUUCCUCCUCGACACCAUGACAGGGACGGUGGUAGGGAUCGACUUCGGAGCGGCGUUCGGGAUCGCACACACGGAGCUGGGUGUGCCGGAGUUGAUUCCCUUCCGCCUCACGAACCAGUUCCAGAACCUCCUGCAGCCGCUCGAUAGUGUCGGCCUGCUCAAGGGGCACAUGGUUUCCACCCUCCAAGCUCUCCGGGCCGGACGCGAGGUGCUGUUGGCGACGAUGGACGUGUUCUUGAACGAGCCGGUUAUGGACUGGAUAAGCGAGGGGGUUGAGCGGAGGCAGGCAAAGACCAAGAGGGGCGGCGGAGGCGGUUCGGGAGAGGACGCCGCAGAUGAGGGCCUUACCGGCCAGCCGCGUCCCCCCUUUGAAGCACGCCGCAAGAUCAAGAACGCGAAGAGGAAGCUGCUUGGGGAGAACCCGGCAGCGGUCCUCAUCGAUGACCUGGGACAGAACCUUUCUGUCAAGCAAUUAGGCAGCCUGGCGAAACUUGAGGCCAUCUCCUGGGGGAGUAGCGGCGACAGGGUGCGAUCUAAGCCGGAACACCGCGAGGGGUGGCUCUCCGUGGAAGACCAGGUGGAUUGUCUGAUCGACCUUGCCACGGAUCCGGACGUCCUGGGUAGACAGUGGGUUGGCUUGGCCACGUGGGUGUAA